AUCCAGAGAGGACUUGUUAUCUACAUAUGCUUCUUCAAAGGUGCUGAUGAGGAUCUCAUUCCAAAAAUUGUCAAUAUGCUGUUGAAUGUUAAAUUAAGUGAAAAUGAAAACGGCGAGUUCGUUUCUGUUCUUGACUUACCAGGCAAUGUGCUUAUCAUACCACAAGCUACCCUAGGUGGUAAGCCAAAGGGAAGAAAGAUGCAGUACCAUGCAAACAUUGAAAAAGAAAAAGGGUUGGAACUUUAUUCUCAGUUUGUGACUUUGUGUGAAAAAGAACUGGCUGCCAAUGCCAGAUGUGUGGAAGCUGGUGUCCUUGUCAAGCAUGGCACAUAUGGAAACAGGCAGGUGUUAAAACUGGAUACAAAUGGACCUUACACUCACCUGAUUGAAUUUUGAAAAAAUAAAUGAUAU